CGGUUAGAGAGAUCGAGUAGAACGUCGAAGGAUCUCGCGUCUUUGGACGUUUCGAGAUCGAUGGCCGUGCUGCUUUGUUUUGGGCCCGCGGGCCCCACGAUUUUACAAGUUCCGACGGCUAUGAUGGAUUCCAUGUCGCAGGGGAAUGUAUUUGUGAUUAUUUGUUUUUUAAGCCCAUGGUUUUUAGGGUUAGACUCUUUAAAGAUGGACGGCGAGUAUUCCAGGGAGGAGGACCUGGAUCCGGCAAGUUCUCGACUGUUUCUCUUCGUAGGGAGAUUUUAGUUGAACCGUUUGAGUACCAGCGAUCGCGCUUCUGUGUUAGAUUGCCUAAGUGCCAUUCUAUCGGUUCGUAGAAUUAAUUUUAUUUAUUUCCUUCCUUUGAAUUAUUCAUUUUUGGCUUUGUUAUUGUCUGCUUAGAAAUGGAAAAACGCGGUAUUUACAAUUUUUUAAUGUAAAAAUAGAAAAGUGCCAUUCAGUUUCCGAACUGAAACGAAAGAAGAGCGAUGGUGGUUCUUUGUUGUACUAAGUGCCAUUCUGUCGAAAUGGAAAAAGGAAUGAUCUUUUAAUGGGAAAAUAGAAAAGUGCCAUUCAGUUUCUGAACUGAAAUAGAAAGAUUUAAUCGUUUGGGAAAAUCGAUGGACUCUAAUGUUUAUUUGACAUUUUCUAGAUAAUACAGGAAUAUACGUAGAGGCUGUAAGAAUGAAUUUCAUCAGCUUAAGGUGAUUUCCCGCCGAAAGAUAAACUGUUCACCGCGUACUUAUAUUCGGCAUGCAUACGCAGGAGCGCAUAGGGUGCAGAACAAGUCCCAAAAACGAAACCCACCAAACCUGUAUAACACUUGAUCUUUAUUCUAUGGGGAAUAGAGGGUCCCCACCGGAAGUUGUGUAGGACCUGUUCAGUACAAGGAUGCAACUUUUUCUAUGAAAUUUAUAAGACAAAGCCGUUCCCUUCUCGAGCCCGAUUCGAAUUUAACAGCACCCGUUACAUUGUUUACAAAACAAUACUCGAUACAAUGUUUGUGUACCUAUCCGAUGAUCCACAACCGGUGGUUCGGAUCAGUUGAACCGGUAAGUCUCUCCGCGAUUAGACGAACCGGUGCCGUAGGAUUAUGGCACCCUUAACGAUCCUCCUUCUUCUCGGUUGCGCCGCCGUUCCCGCCGUGGACAGUUCGCUGCACGACCAGUUGGAUGAGCAGUUGAAGCAAACGAAAAUCGAGAUAGCCAAGCUCUAUUUUCAAGAAUCGCCGCCAGUUCAGAAAAAGUUGUACGACGUGCAAUGGAACAGUCCAUGGAGGAAGAGCUUCGACAAGGAACGGCCCUUCGUCGUGAACGCCUUGAACAAAAUAUUCUUCGUCGAAGGGAGCCGCGUCGCAACGUUCCCCGCUGAUUCGCUACCUUCGGAUCGUACGUCGUUAGGGGAAGUCAAUUUGCGGCGUGACAAUGGUUCCAUUAAAUUCAUCAGAAGCGUCGUGUGGAAGACAGUGCUCUAUCUGCUGGUUUGCUACUCGUCGGACGCGCAGAGCAGUCCGUGCGACUUGUACACGGGAGCGGAAGGCCUCCGAUUGAAACACCGGCAAACCAUUCAGCACAAGGGACUGCCGAUGGACGCCAGCUUCUUUGUCCGCGAGAAUCGUCUUUAUCUCGUGGUCGCCGACAACUCGGGGUGGUUCGCUGUGCCAUCCUUGAUAUACCAUUGGAGAGGAACGUACAUGGAUACGGUGGCGGAAGCGCUAACCACCGCCGCUGUUUCGGUGGCCACGUUCAAGCACAGGGACUCGACUAUCAUAGUGUUCGCGCAGAACAGUCAGCUGGUUCCUAAUAUCGGUUCCGUGGUCUACGAGUUCAAGGAAACCGGCACGAGCAGGAUACAGUUCCUGCCGACCGUCGACCCCGUCUCCGUUCAUUACUACGAUCACGCGGGCUUCAGUUUUAUUUUCCUAAUGAACAAACGGAAACCGAGCAACCUGUUCUGGUGGGACGGGCAAGAACUGUUGGAUUGGCAGCAAGUUCCCGAGAUCAGUGCACCGAGCUCGAUCCACGUAGCGGCUGUGAACGGUGACACCUUUUUCCUCGUGGGCAACGCCAACCAGUUGCAACUAUACAAAUUCGAGAACGCGUCGGAAUGCGCCCUACUGAGUUCAACGAAACUGUUGGAUGGAGAAGCAGUGGUCGAUGUUCAAGUUCGAACAGAAAAGUCAAAGGCGACCGCGGCCCUGGUCACCGUGAACCGCGAUGCUGUCUAUUCCGUGGCCUCGUGGGAGGUGGACAUCAAAGAGAUCCCUUCCGAUCAGUUGACAGAGGAGCCUGACGUUUUGUCCGAGCAUUUGUUAGAUUUGGUGAAAGUAUUGGAGCGAAGGAUGUCGCUCGCGGAUGAAGCGCAGUCCUCGUGGCCAUCUUUGGUCCCGGCGGAUGAAAAUCUAACAUCGUCCCAUCCUGUGACCAUUCCAAAUUUGAUCUUGGAAUCGGGGAUCGUGGAGAACAUCAAUUUCUUCGUCUCUGGGGACGUGAUUGCUCCCCGCGACCUUGAGGCAGGGCUAAACGAUCUAGUUCACGAGAUCGAUGAGACGCUGAUGAUGUCUGAGAACCUUUUAACGACAGACAAUAUAAACUCGUUCUCUGGUAAUCUUGUCGUCAGCGACAGUGCCUUCAUCGAACAGUUGGAAAUUGAUAAGAUCGAGAUCGACUUCCUGAACGACGUUGCUGUUCGGCCGAACACUGAGUCGAACGUGGCGGGAGGAUCUUCGGCCUUGCGUGGGAAUACCGUUGAACACGAUAUCGAAAUCGAGUCCCUUUGCGGCGUUCCGUUUAAGUACUGGGCAUUGAACAACGGAUCAUCCGGAAUGGAGAUAAACCUAGAAGCAAGCGACAUCGAAUUUUCCAAUGACACCGUGCAACUACGAUCGGACGUUUCCUUGGCAGAAUUGAACGUGAAGAUGAUAAACGACCUCGUCGUCGACGAAUUCCUCGACGAGUUGUUUAUUAUCGAUAGAAACCAGAGGAUCAGAGGUGACCUCGUGUACAGUAACACGUUUCAAGCCUACAAUCUCACGACGCGAACGUUGAACAACCGAUCGAUAGACGACUACAUGACUGCAUCGACUAAUCAGACUUUCGACAGGUUUUCCGUGAAGUCUCUUCAGCUGGACCGCUUGAUCGCGGAGUCGAUCAACGGCGUGCCAGUGUCCGAGGCAGCCCGCGUGUCCCAACGAAACACCAUCGAAGGGAAGCUGAAACUGAACAAGCUGCACGUGACGGAGAAAAUCAUGUCGAAGAAGGAGCUGAAGCUGCCGAAGAGCCGGCAGGUUCAGAUUUAUUACAACGUUACCAUCCACACCGACCUGAAGGUGAAAGUCCUCGACAUGGACAGAUACACGAGGAUACUGUUGGACGGCGAGGAAGUGGACUUGGGCAACGUGUUCAAAGACUCCUGGACGAGAUCCACCGAUCAAGAGAUACCGGGCGACGUCGCUUUCGAGAACGACGUGACCAUCGACCGCUUAUCCGCGGAGCGCUUAAACGGAUUCGCCGAAAGAGAGUUCUUGUACACCGACGCGGCGGUUAUCCCGGAAUCGUUCGGGAACCUCCUGUUCCGGGACGUCGAGGUCGACGACGUGUUCUCCACGGAGGGCGAGGACGGCGCGUUGUUCGACGACGCUCCAGAAUCGCUAACGAUUCGAGGCGGACUGCACCUGACGCACCUCCGAGCGGAUAAAUUGUUCGCCGAGCGUUUCAACGGGCUUCCAGUGUCUGGAGACCGGACACAGAAUUUCUCGAAGACGAUGGACUUCUCCGCGAUCCGAGCGAAGCGGGUCAACGUGGAUCAACUCUACUUCCGGUCCUUCAACGGCGAGGACCGUGACGCGUUCAUGAAGCGCGCGGAGAACGGUCAGAAUGAUCGGUCGAUUAGCUUCCAUAAGAGUCCACGGUUUAGCGCCGAGAAUCUGCGCGUCGAGAGGAUCAACGGUAUUGAAAUGGGGAAGUUGAAGUUGUGGGAGAAUAUUCUGAGGUCCGGUUUGAAGAAUUUGACGAUAGACGGCGAUCUGACGGUGGAAGACUUGAGGGUCCGACGUAUCGACGGCCAAGCGCCGGAGGUCUAUCUCAGGAACAUGGCCGAAGGAGACGUCGUGUUCGAUUCGGAGAAGACGAUCGACGAGCUGAUCGUACAGAACGCGACGCUCAGGCUUGUAAACGGCCAUGGUGUGAAUGAUCUCUUCAAGGGUGUGUUCUCGCGAUCGAAGGAGCAGAUCGUGCCGGGUCAGUUUUCUUUCAAUAGAAUGUCCGCUGGGAACGCUGUUGUCAGGUUCAUCAACGAUCGCGAUAGCUCGGGAUUACGCUGGAUCGACGAGCCCUUGUUUUUUGGGGACGUCACGUUCGAUGAUCUGUCUGUGAACAACGUCGCGACGAGGACUGUGAACGGACGGGAGAUCCACGAGUUGUACGAUAACUUAUUGAACGUGCCGGCAAAGACCAUCGAUCGCCUAACUGUGCACGGAGACAUAUUUUGGAACGCAGCUUCGUCGAGUCCAACCUCGUUGUCCUCUUUAUUCAAAAACGCGGUGACUAGAACGACCGAUCAGUCCAUCCACGGCGACGUUGUCUUCGAGGAGAACGUGUCGGUGUCGACUGCGAACGGAGAGUGGAAGGACAUCGACAGGAUACGCGCUAUAGUGACGGACGCAGUGAAGGAUCAUGAAGGAGACAUCGAAGUAACCGGUCAGAAAACGUUCAAGAACAACUUACGCGUCAACAGUCUGUCGGUGACCGGUGAUAUGGCGGUUCCAAUGGUCAACGACAUCGAUGUCGUCGAAUUUAACAACACCGUGGCCCGGAGAGACCAGGAUGAAACGAUAACUGGUCAUUUAACGUUCGACGCGGAAGUCGCGAUCAAUGAACUGUUGGUGAACGACACGGCCCACAACAUACCCUUGCAAGGAGUGGUCCGAGCGACUGACGUACUGCCUCCCAACGUGCACUUCAAGAACCUGGUCGUGCUGAGAGGCGUGUACCUGAAGAACCUGGACGGCGUGGACUUCGACGAGUUCCUGAAGGACCGAGUAACCAUCCACGGGGAUCACGACGUAACUGCUGACGUGCAGUUCAACGGUGUCGUCGAAGUAACAGGGAACGCAACGGUCACGCGGAUCAACGGUAUAGAUCCCGCCGAUUUGAUCCUGAACGGGGUAGAAGGGACGCAGGUCAUAUCCGGUUCGAAGACCUUCGCAGAAAAUCUUCAGGUGAAAGGUGACGUUGAAACGUCGUUGUUGAAUGGUGUGGACAUAUCAUCGGAGUACUCCAGUGGCGUGCAGAACGACGAGGACGUGGAAAUCACUGGAGACUUGGUGUUCGAGUCGACAGUCAAAGUCCCGGAAGACGUUACGGUAUCAGGAUUGGUGAACGGGAUGAAUUUAGCCACGAUCCUCGACGAGCUAAAGGAAGAAACGCAAAGGACGCUUCGAACGUUGAAGCAGAACGAGAUGGAAAUAGACGAGAGCAUCGCGUGGUCCUCGAAGACCGCCGAGAACCUGAGGAAUAUUUUCAUGUACCUAGAGACGGAGGAGAAGCUGAAGAUCGUCGUGCCUAACGCUAGAGCUGCGGACGUCGCCUAUUACGAGGAGACCACGAAAUUGAAUAUAUUUGGGGAGGAGGCUGGUCCUCUUUGCGGUCUGUCCAGUAAUUGCUCCUGUCCGACCGAGUACGUGGCCGAGCUCACGGAGAACGGCUGCUCCGUCUGGAGGACGAACGGCUCGACGACAGUACGGAAUUAUCACGAACUGCACAGCACGUUCGGCGUGAACGUGAUAACGAACACGGUCUCCAGUGGGCCGGGGUGUACUCUAGCCAACGGCGAAGACGAGUUCACCACGAUUUCGUGGAUGAAGCCGGGAAUGAUGGACACUGGAGACGUUCUGGCCAACGUGAAGGAAACGUCUUUCAAAAUCCGGGGGUUCCUCAAGGAUGCGACGGUCUUUAUGACUGACGACAAUGCAGCUUUCGUGGUUCUGGCGAUCUACUACGACUCUUCGCGCGCGUCCCACCUAACCGAUUCCUUGGUCUACAAGAUUGACUUCGAGAAGAACUCGUUGUCGUUACACCAGAAGCUUCCCACCGACGGUGCUUGGGACGUCGAAGUGUUCAAGUUGAACUAUCGCUAUGUGUACUUGUUGCUGGGCUGCUUUGGAAACUCGGAAACGUCUUUCUUGUACAGACUGGACGGAACUACGUCUCAGUUCGUGACCUUGAGAGCAUUCGGAGGCAGAACCCGCAACGUGAAGAGCCUGGCUCAGGAAAAGGAUCAAUUCAUUCUGCUGGACGAUUACGACACGAACGCGGUGAACGUGUUCUACUAUGAUCCGGAAUUCGAUAAUUUUUAUAAUUAUCAAAGUCUCUUUCACGAUUCGAGGGUGAACGGGAUCGCGUGCUUCUAUGCGGACGAUCCUGGUCAUAGCGAUUCUUUCGUCAUCGUCACAACGGAAAAUGAUUACUUCUAUAUUUACGAGUACAUGUUCGCACAGAAAUUCCGGAUGACGGUGCAUCAUCGAAUGGACGAUCUACAAAUUAUGGUCCCGUUUUCCUACGCGGGAGGUCGUUACAUUUUUGCGGGCACAAGCGUAAACAGUACGAUACUGAGAAUCGUAGAACAAGGUCCCCAUUAACAUUUUUAUGAUAAUUCCUAGCCCCUACUGUGUUAGCUCGUAGUGUACCUGUAGCGUGAUGUUUAUUUAUAUUUCCAAAAUGGUACACUAUUAUGCUCGUGUAACAUAAUGCUAAGCAAAUAGAAGCGGAUGUACUGUCGAUACAAUUGCAGUAUUUAUAUUCUAUUAUUACAGAAGAGUUAUAUAAUAUAAAUACGUAGUAGUGGCAAUAUAUAUACAAUACAUAAAAACACGUGCAAUAAGACUGGAUACAUAUAAUUUUACAGGACUUUUAACUAUUGGUCACGACCAUUUUCACUGUCCUCUGGUUCAUUUUCAUUGUUUGGUUCUUUUUGAGAAUGCAUUUGAAAAUGUAAUCAUGAAAAUAUAAUCUUAUUGCGCCAUCUUUCCAUAUGGAUGAAGUACUUAAUUGUUCCUUUAUAGUGUAAGAGUUUGUUCUCUGCUGUUAUGUAGUUUUGCUUUUUAUCACUAGCAGUGCUAGUAACUAUAAAUUAUACCUAUUAUUAGAAAUA